AUGGAUCUGAUCAUGAUGAACACAGUGGUGCCCAAGAUGGCAGCUAAUCUCUUGGGCCAUAAGUUCAUCUGUUGGGGUGGCUGUUCUACUCAGGUCUUCCUAGUGGUCAGGGUAGGAGGAGCAGAGUGCUUCCUCUUGGCAAUCAUGGCCUAUGACCAGUAUGUGGCAGUCUGCCACCCCCUGCAGUAUCCUGUGCUUAUGAACUGGCAGGUUUGCUCCCUCCUGGCCCUGGCAUCCUGGAUGGGUGGGGUGGCUGACAGUGUUAUGGAUGUGGGCAUGGUUUUACGUUUCCCCUGCUGUCACUCUCUGGAGGUGGAUCACUUCUUCUGUGAGGUCCCUGCCUUGCUGCAUCUCUCAUGUGCUGACACCUCACUCUUUGAGGAUCUCAUCUAUGCUUGCUGUGUGGUCAUGCUGCUGCCGCCGCCCCUUGGUGUCAUUGUGGUUUCCUAUGCCCAGGUCCUUGAAGCUGUCAUUAGGAUUCCCUCCACUGAGGGUAAACAGAAGGCUCUGACCAUUUGUUCCUCCCACCUGGCUGUGGUGGGUCUGUACUAUGGAGGAGCCAUGUUCAGCUACAUGCAGUGGGCCUCCACUAAAACACCAGUGAGAGACCAAGCCACCUCCAUCUUCUACACCAUCCUCACUCCAAUGCUCAACACACUCAUUUACAGUCUGAGGAACAGGGACUGUUUUAAACAGGGACUGUUUUACUUUUAA